AUGGCGAACGCAGCACUAAUUGGAUGUACGGGCAUGGUGGGAUCCCACAUCCUCACCAGCCUUAUCUCCAGCUCCGCCGUCAGCCGCGUCGACACAAUCUCCCGCCGCACUCCAGCAGCGGCAUCUGACGCGCCCGCAAAGCUGACCACUUUCGUCUCCGACGAUAGCUCGAAGUGGUCCGAACAACUCUCAGCCCUCACCCCAACACCCGACAUCUUCCUCUCAGCCUUCGGCACCACCAAAGCGGCAGCUGGCGGCUUCGAGAACCAGUACAAGAUCGAGCAUGGUCUGAAUGUCGAGUUGGCGCGCGCAGCCCACGAUGCCGGCGUCAAGGUGUGUGUGCUGAUUUCCAGCACUGGCGCGAGCAAGACCUCUUCGUUCCCGUAUUCGCGGAUGAAGGCCGAUAUUGAGGAAGAUAUCAAGGCGCUUGGAUUUGAGCGGAUGGUUAUUCUGCGGCCUGGGUUGAUUGCUGGGACGAGGCAGGAGAGUCGGCCAGCUGAGGCUGCCAUUCGGUUUGUUGCUGGAUGGGCUGGGAAACUUCACUCUAGUCUGAAGGAUUCUUGGGCUCAGGAGGCGGAUGUUAUUGGUCAGGCUGCUGUUAAGGCUGGAUUGAAGGCCUUGAAGGGGGAGGUUCCUGCUGGUUCUGAGAAGGUUUGGCUAAUUGAGGGGAAGUCCAUUAUUGAUAUUGCUAAGGAGUGA